AUGUCGUUCAAGGGCUUCCAGAAGUCGAUUGUUAGAGCGCCGCAAACGUUCAAAGCAAAGUUCAGUAUUGGCGAACAUACCAAGGAUGCGGUAUUUAUCGAUGCCGAAAGGCGAUUCCAAGAGUUAGAAACCGAGACGAAGAAGCUACACGACGAGAGUAAGAAGUACUUUGACGCCAUCAAUGGGAUGCUAAGCCAUCAGAUCGAAUUUUCUCAAGCUAUUGCGGAAAUCUACAAACCAAUUUCUGGACGUGUUUCGGAUCCCGACUCCAUCAUCCCAGAAGGCAAUCCAGAAGGUAUAGAAGCAUGCGAACAAUACGAGGCGAUUGUAAAGGAAUUACAAGCCACACUUGCUCCCGAACUAGAGAUGAUCGAGACAAGAGUGAUUCGGCCUGCAGAUGAGCUAUUAGAGGUUGUCAAGAUUAUUCGAAAGUCGGUUACAAAACGACAACACAAACAAUUAGAUUAUGACAGACAUCGGGCGGCCUUGAAAAAGUUGCAAGACAAGAAAGACAAGAACUUAAAGGACGAAAAGGCAAUGUACAAAGCGGAGAACGAGGUUGAACAGGCGACUCAAGAAUUUAAUUACUUCAACGACCUCCUCAAGGAUGAGCUACCAAAGCUGUUUGCACUUGAGCGCGAGUUUAUUCGUCCUCUGUUCCAAUCCUUCUACUACAUGCAACUCAACGUCUUUUACACAUUGCACGAGAGAAUGCAAGGAUUGGAUAUCGGAUACUUCAAUCUCACCCUAGACGUAGAAGAAGCAUUCGAAGCCAAACGAGGAACCAUCCAAGAAAGCGCCGAAGCUCUAUCCAUCACCAAAUUCAAGACCACCGGUGCAAAGCGCACACCAGGAAGACUAGGUCCAAGCAGCAGCAGACUCGCAAUCGAAGACCGAAAAGCCAGUCGUCUAGCAAUCGAGGACAAAACCUCAUCCUCACCCAACUCACCCAACCCGUCAACCUCACUCGCCCGCCUCUCUCUCCAAGAAGACUCUCCUCCACCACCAUACUCCAGCAAUAGUCUCUCUCCAAUGACAGCCGAUUCCAAAAUGGGCCGCGCGAACUCCACCGGUAGCGCAUGGGGCGCCGCAGCCAAAGCCAAAGGAGCAGCUCCUCCACCGCCAAAACCAAAGCCCUCGCGAUUGAGCGGUGCACCUGCGUCGGAAACGGCGACGGCGCUGUAUGAUUAUGAAGCGCAGGCGGAAGGCGAUUUGAGUUUUUCGACGGGCGAUACGAUUGAGAUUGUGACGCGGACGGGGAAUGAGAAUGAGUGGUGGAUAGGAAAGUUGAGGGGGAAGCAGGGACAGUUUCCUGGCAAUUAUGUUAAAGUCAAUUAG